AUGGACACGAAACAGAUCGAAGAGACCAAUCAUUUGAAAGAAGACGUGUACACCUUAGCCAUGUCACCUUUAAUCGCGACGGCUCUUAAUUCAAUGCUUAGUUUUGACGUCCCCAAGCUUUUAGAAACCCCUAAAUCAAUUGAUGAAUUGGCUCAAGCCACCCUCUCAGUCAAGCACAAAUUAGAGCGAACUUUACUGGCUCUUGAAGCUUUUGGCUACUUCUCUUAUGACGAGCAUUCCAAAACUUGGUCAAACUCUCCUAAGACCUCACUAUUUUUAGACAAAAAUUUUCGUGAUGCGAUUUAUUUUUGUUGUGUCCCUUUUCAAUACGAAAUUUUGCUGAAGUUCAGUGAUGCCCUACGAUGUGACCAGUCUUCUUGCUAUCUCCAAUUUGGUAGAAAUAUUUAUGAGGAGCUAAGCCAACGGAGUUUAGACAAAAACUAUUUUCAUACAGGUCUCGGAGCUUAUACCAAAAUGUCAGGAGAUGCUUUAUUUGAUACUAUAACAUUGACUGGCUUAAAUAAAGUUUUAGACGCAGGAGGUGGAGAUGGUACUUUAUUAUGUGAAUUGGCAAAGAGAAAUCCAAAUAUAGAAUGCACCGUUCUUGAUAUUCCUUCAUUAAGUGAGCUAGCAACGAAGAUUAUAGAAAGUUAUGGGCUUCAAGAUAGAGUCAAAUUUGUACCAGGAGAUUUCAGACAAGAAAUACCAAGCGGAUUUGACUGCAUUUUAUUCAAGCAGGCGCUUAAUAGCUGAAGUGAUGAAGUCGUUAUAAAAAUUUUGGAAAACUGCUAUAAAGCUUUAGAAAAUGGAAAAAAGCUAAUUAUUAUCGAGCACGCAGUGGUAAAAAGUGAUGAAAACUAUCGAGAAGUUAGGUACUUAGAUUUGAUGGGAAUAUCAGAAAUCGAGUCAAGGACGAGAAACCCGGAAGAAUUCAAAAUGGUUAUUGAAUAUGCAGGAUUUACAAUUGAAAAUAUCAAGAGGCUUCAAGGUCAAUAUAUGUUUGAAGCCGUAAAAUCUGCUUAA